AUGGCGACGACACAGUCUAGCACCAUGCAGAACCAGUUGAAGAGAAAACCGUCGGCGGCCGGUCUACCUACGGGGGGAAGGACGGUCAAGCGCAGGGCGUCCAAGGCCUGUCAUUGCUGCCGCUCUCGAAAAGUCCGAUGCGACGUGGUGGAGAGUGGCCUCCCUUGUACCAACUGCAGACUGGACGAAGUAGAGUGUGUAGUCACUGAGGGGAAACGACGAAGGAAGUCGUAUGUUGAUGGGGAAAUGUUGCACCGCUCUUCCCGCAAUUCUUCCGUUAAGGAGGAAAAGAACGACUUGCCCCAAUUCCCAAGCUUCGACGACAUUGACGGUCUCAACGAGUUCAAUCCAGCCAUCUCGUUGGAUCUCAGCCAGACUCGUGCUCUGGAAUAUGAGCUGGAUCACCACAAACCACAUAUGCUUUACCAGACUCAGGGUCAUCGCCUGACUCCGGAAGAACGCUCCAGACGAUUGUCCUCGAUGAGCAGCAGAGCCUUUCCUACGCCUGGCAUGUCCUGCGCGCCUCCAAAGCCCAUUGGGCCGGAGGUUAUUCUGCCGCAGUAUAUCCAGCCUGUUCCACUAAAGAUUGCAGCGGAAGAUUUCGAGUAUCUGCACAAGAAGGGAGCUUUCAUCAUCCCUGAUGCAGGGUUCCGCAACGAGUUGCUUCGUUGCUAUGUGCAAUAUGUGCAUCCUUACCUUCCUCUCAUCGACCUUCAGGACUUUUUGGGUGCUAUUGAAAAGGACCAGCCCACGGACACCGUCAGUCUUUUGUUAUUCCAGGCAGUCAUGUUUGCCGGCACCGCAUACGUCGACAUGCGGUACCUGAUUGGGCAAGGCUACGCAACCCGCAAAGCAGCUAGGAAGGCCUUCUUCCAGAGAAUCAAACUUCUGUACGACUUUGAUUACGAACUUGACCGUGUCACUGUUGUCCAGGCCGUCUUAAUAAUGACUUACUGGUACGAAAAUCCCGACGACCCAAAGGACGUGUGGCACUGGCUGGGUGUGGCCAUUUCUGUUGCACGGACCAUUGGCCUCAACUGCGACACCUCCAAUGCGCCUUUGAUGAGCCUGCAGCAACGCCGCCUGUGGAAGCGUAUCUGGUGGUCGCUCUACAUGCGGGACCGGCUGACUGCCAUUGGCAUGCGUCGUCCUAUGAGGAUUAACAACGGAGACUUUGACGUUACGAUGCUCGAACUGUCGGAUUUUGAAGUCGAUACUUUUCCCGCCGCACUUAGCCGCAUGCUGGGAGGCUGUCCAGUGGUCCAGGACGCCUCCAAGCGUGUUGCGUUGGCCAAAAUGUGUAUCGCUUUGGCCCGACUAUGUGUAUGCAUCAGCCAGGUGCUUGCUGUCCAGUACUCCACCCUGGGCCACAAGAUCGGAGUCACGCAGGAGACAACCAUGAGACUGGUCCCGAAGAGAUCAGCAGCCGAUCCAUGCGAUGUAUUUCGCUGUGACCAAGACCUGGACAACUGGUACACAGGGCUCCCACGUGAUCUCCACUUCUUUGCUCCCGACUCUCGCGAACGCUUGGGCAGCAAUGACGGCGAGGUUGUCAACGUGCAUCGCGCUUUGCUGACCGGCAUCUACCUGACUGCCGUCAGCGCGUUGCAUCGACCACAGAUCCUGCCCUCCUCGCCUCUCGUUGUCAUCACUCCCGAGCUGCGAGAUCUGUCCAAGAUAAGAGUGCGCGAAGCUGCGAACGACAUCACCGACAUGUACCAGGAUCUGUUUGUCCACGACCUACUUCGGUACCUCCCCAAUACCGGAGUGACCUGCCUUCUCCCCGCCAUCAUCAUCCACCUGCUUGACAUCAAGUCGGCCGCCCCCUCCGUCAGACAGGCCAGUGUUCGAAAGUUUCAGUUCUGUAUGCAAGCACUACAGCGGCUGCGAGAGGUAUAUGCAUCCGCGGACUUUGCCUUCUCGUUCCUCGACGCCGCUGUUCGGAAGACCAAUGCGCAACUGGUGACCGGUCCAUUUGCCGCUGCACAUGCGUCAUCUGGGCCGCUGUCGCUGAAAGGCAUGAUAGAUGCCUCCAAAGAACAUGCACCAGCACCCUUGCUCCUCACCCCACCCCCGGAGGCUAGGCAGACGGCAAGUAUGCUCCUUUCUCAUUCGACAUUGGCCCCCGAGGAACCAAACCUCGUCGCUGCAUACACCCCACCAGGUUCAGAUGUGAGCCUCAAUUUUUACACCACAGCUGGAGCUGCAGCUUCACUGGAUGAUGUGGCAGAGAACCAUGAGCACGAUCAGAACAGUAAGGAGGGCAUGGAAGAGCCAAUGCCGAGUGAUUUCGAGACUCUGUUCAACGUCGAAGGAGGUGCGGAUUCAUUCCUGACAGGCGAAGAUAGCCUCGACCAGGGUAUGCAGUGGUUGAACGGAUUUGAUUUCAAUGACAACGUCAUGUGUCAAGAAGAGUCUUUUGUGAAUAGACUGGGAGAUGUUGAAGAGCUACCGAAUGGUUCGGGAUAUACUGAACAGGUGUUAGGAUUUACUGGUGACCUUGAUCUUGAUUUGGAGGUACGGGUCGGGUCGUGA